AUGGAAUACGAUUACCUUUUCAAGCUCCUCCUCAUCGGUGACUCCGGUGUUGGAAAGUCUUGCUUGCUGCUGCGAUUCGCCGACGAUACCUACACUGAGUCCUACAUCUCCACCAUCGGUGUUGACUUUAAGAUCCGAACGAUAGAGCUCGAUGGCAAGACCGUGAAGCUGCAAAUCUGGGAUACUGCCGGCCAGGAGCGUUUCCGAACCAUCACCUCAUCUUACUACCGCGGUGCUCACGGCAUCUGCGUUGUCUACGAUGUCACCGAUAUGGACUCUUUCAACAACGUCAAGCAGUGGCUCCAGGAGAUUGACCGGUACGCCACUGAGGGCGUCAACAAGCUGCUCGUAGGCAACAAGAGCGAUAUGUCGGAUAAGAAGGUUGUCGAGUACUCCGUUGCCAAGGAAUUCGCUGACAGCCUGGGCAUCCCCUUCCUCGAGACCUCCGCCAAGAACGCCAGCAACGUUGAGCAGGCUUUCCUGACCAUGGCUCGCCAGAUCAAGGAGCGCAUGGGCACCACGACUGCCAACAACACGAAACCCAGCGUGCACGUUGGCCAAGGCCAGGGUGUCGGCAACUCGUCCAGCAGCAGCUGCUGUUAA